AUGUUCAAACAUUUAAUGCAGAGAAUGAAGCAGCCAUUGUUUGAGCAUAUUGACGAACUAUCUUAUUUGAAAAGAGAAGCAUUUCCAUACUUUUCAUUAUGGUUGCACAUUUAUUACAGCAUUAUCACGAAAAGCUCGGCAAAUUUAUUGUCUGAAAACCGUUCUAACAUACCUAUCAGAAGUUCAAGCAAUGCAUCCAAGAACGAGCGAGGAGAAAGAGUUAUCAACAUAUUAAAAGGUUCGUUACGUGUAACCGAUUUGGCCUUGCCUAUAUUCAAGGUUAAACAAUACAAGAUCUUCGCAGAAGGAAACGUCAAUGGCUGCAUAAGAGACGGUUUACGGUUAUUUAAUUUGCCAUGUCCGUACUGCAGGACCGCCAAAAUGGGAUGUCGGAGAAAAGUUCUUGUUCUUGCGAGACAAAUGACAACGGUUCCUAAACAAUACCAGGAAUGGGUAACCAAUGAGAGCGUUCCUUUUUUUUUUGUCUAG